UCUCUCAACUUACGCCGCUUGUUGGACUGUUGUAACAAACAGACCACAGUCAUGGCUCGUUGCUUGUCGUUUCUGGCUCUAGCACUUUACGUGCUGAGCUUUAGUGAAGCCGUCCUUGUGAGAAAAAGUGUUGACAGUCUGAGCAGUGAGGACAUCCUAAACCUCCAGAAAUCUCUGAGAGCAGUUGCUGACGACACUUCUGAUAAAGGCUAUGCUGCGAUAGCUGCAUAUCACGGUUACCCAACUCAGUGUAAACACGGCGACAAAGAUGUGGCUUGCUGCAUCCACGGUAUGGCUGUGUUCCCACAAUGGCACAGACUCUACGUGGUGCAGAUGGAGCAAGCGCUCAAAGAGAAAGGUCUCAGUAUUGGUAUUCCAUAUUGGGACUGGACUAAACCUUUGAGCGCUCUCCCUGACCUCGUCAGUCAGCAAGUGUUCAUUGACAGUGAUGGCGGCAAAGCCAAGAAGAAUGUCUGGUACCAAGGAGAUAUCACAGUUGAUGGCGUUGUUAAACACACCGCCAGAGCUGUUGAUGACAGACUUUUCCAGAAGGUUGAUGCUGGUGAGCACACCGAUCUCUUUGAGCACGUGAUAGACGCCCUCCAGUUUUACAACUACUGCCAGUUUGAGGUCCAGUUUGAGGUGGCUCACAACACCAUUCACUACCUAGUGGGAGGCCGUAACAAAUACUCCAUGUCCCACCUCGAGUACACUUCAUAUGACCCCAUCUUUUUCCUACACCACUCAAACGUAGAUAGAAUUUACGCCAUCUACGAAGCACUUCAACAGGAGAGGGGAUUUACUCCUGGACCAGGAUGUAAAGGGAAAUGCGAACUAUGUGACGUGAAAUUAUUCAAACAGCCAAUGGAACCCUUCUCUAGAGACUCGAAUCCAUUCGCCAUUACUAAAGAUCACUCGGUGCCAAAAGAAACGAUCGACUUCUCUAUCUUCGGCUACAAAUAUGAAGAUUUAUCACUAAACGGCUAUGACCUAGCUGGCAUCAAGAGGCUGAUUAAAGAGAAGUGGUCACAUGAUCACGUCUACGCUACAUUCCGUCUUCAUGGUAUUGAAACAUCAGCUAAUGUCCGUGUUGAGGUUUGUAUUCCUGCUAAAGAUGCAAUAUCUGAACCUAAUUGCGAGUUUGCCGGUGACUUCUUCGUACUAGGAGGACCAACUGAGAUGCCCUGGGCUUUCUCUAGACCUUACUACUUUGAUGUGACCAAGACCGUGGAGAAACUCGGUGUCCCACUUGACAGCAACUACCGCAUCAAGGCCCAGCUCUUUAGCGUUAACGGAACCCAAUUGUCUUCCAGUCUCCUCCCUAACCCCUAUGUGUCUUACAGGCCAGCUAAGGGACGCACUGAUCCCGCCAUAGCCCACAACGAAGUGAGUAGCGAUGACGUAGCUGUACGUAAAGAUGUGGACCGUCUUACAAAGGAGGAGGUCUUUGAACUUAGACAAGCCCUCGCUAGAUUCCAGAACGAUUCCAGUGUUGACGGUUACCAGGCGACCGCGGAGUUCCAUGGUGACCCAGGCAAAUGCCCCACACCAACCUCUAAAGUCAGACAGGCCUGCUGUAUUCAUGGUAUGCCAACAUUCCCACACUGGCACAGACUCAUGGUUGUACAGGUUGAAGACGCACUCCGUCGCAGAGGUUCUCAAGUUGGAAUACCUUACUGGGACUGGACCAAGCCAAAAACCUCUGUACCAGCACUGGCAUCUGAAAGCACAUACUUAAAUUAUAAAACCAAUGAAAACCCACAGAACCCUUUCUAUAAUGCCGACAUCUCUUUCCUUGGAGCUGGUGUCAAGACCGAGCGUGACGUGCAACAGUCAUUAAGUGAGGACCCAGAACUAGGAGACCACACUGAGCUCUUUGACGCCUUCCUUUUGGCUCUAGAGCAGGACAACUUCUGUGACUUUGAGAUUCAGUUUGAAGUUGCCCACAACUUGAUCCACGCCCUUGUUGGUGGCAAAAACCCCCACAGCUUGGCCACACUUUCAUACAGCGCAUUUGAUCCAAUUUUCUACCUGCAUCACAGCAAUGUGGACAGAAUAUGGGCCAUCUGGACAGCUCUUCAGGAGCUGAGAGGCAAACCUUACAAAGCUCACUGUGCUCAGUCCUACACAUACGAGCCAUUGAAACCAUUCGCCUUCGCCUCUCCAUACAACAACAACGAGAAAACAUCUAGCCACGCUGUCCCUCGCAAUGUGUACGACUACGAGACUGAGCUUAAAUACACAUACGACCAACUUGAGUUUGGUGGCAUGAGUGUACAACAACUUAACGAUUACAUCAACAACAACCAAAAGACCAAAGACAGAACAUUCGCUGGGAUACUUCUACAUGGAAUUAAAAAAUCAGCAAUGGCCCACAUAUACGUGACUGCACCAGGCAAAGACAAAUAUGAAGCUGGUCGCUUUGCUGUGUUGGGUGGACCUUCAGAGAUGCCGUGGAGAUUUGAUCGUCUCUACAGACACGAAAUUACAAACGCACUCAAUGAGCUAAACCUCCAAUGGAAUGACGAUUAUACCGUGAGUGUUGAGUACGAAGCCAUUGACAACACUCCAAUUGCUGAUAGCGAACUAACUCACAUCCAGAUCAUAUACAAAGCAAAAGAAGAUGUUAAGGAUGAAACUCCAGAUUCACACAGAGUCCGUAAAAACGUGAAUUCUUUAACCCGAGAGGAAGUGUCUGCUUUACGUGAGGCAAUGUUGAAUCUACAAGGGGAUAAUAGUGCUGGUGGAUAUCAGGAUCUUGGAAGAUUCCAUGGAACACCCAAAUGGUGCCCAUCUCCGGACGCAGAAGUUAAAAAAUCAUGUUGUCUUCACGGAAUGCCAACCUUCCCACACUGGCAUAGACUGUGGACUGUUCAGGCAGAAAAUGCACUACGUCGCCAUGGCUUGAAAGGUGCUAUACCAUAUUGGGAUUGGACUCAGCCUAUUGCAGCUCUGCCAGAACUUGUCCAAAGUGAGACAUAUGAAGACGGCAACGGUAAAAGUGUAAAGAAUCCAUUCUAUAGUGCCCACAUAACAGAUGUUGAUAAAGAUACAACCAGAUCAGUCAGAGACGAUCUCUUCCAGAAACCAGCUUUUGGAGAAUACACUGAUGUUGCUAAACAGGUUCUUUUGGCUCUAGAGCAAGAAGAUUUCUGUACUUUUGAAGUUCAGUUUGAGAUCGCCCACAACUUUAUUCACGCUCUUGUGGGAGGUCAAGAACCUUACUCUCUGGCUUCCCUGAUGUACACCGCAUUUGAUCCACUCUUUUAUCUGCAUCAUUCCAACACUGACAGAAUCUGGGCUAUCUGGCAGGCACUCCAAAAAUACCGCGGCAAACCAUACAACACCGCUAACUGUGCUAUUGGACAGCUGAGAAAACCCUUGUCUCCAUUUAGUUUGACCUCUGACAUCAACCCUGAUGCCGACACCCGUGAACAUGCCGUUCCUUUCCAGGUAUUUGACUAUCGUAACAACUUCCAUUACGAGUACGACAAUCUUGAAUUUAACGGUCUGAGCAUUCCCCAACUUGCCAAACAACUUGAAGAGAUCAAAGGCAAAGAUCGCGUCUUCGCCGGCUUUAUGCUUCAUGGACUUAAACAAUCAGCUCUGGUUACAUUCUCCAUCUGCAAAUCUGAAAAUAGCUGCAAGAAAGCUGGUGAGUUUUACAUUCUCGGAGAUAUAAAUGAAAUGGAAUGGAAUUACGAUCGUCUCUACAAGUAUGAGAUCACACAUCAACUUGAGGAGCAAAACAUUCACCACAACGAUCGUUAUGACAUUACUGUUAAAGUUCAGGCCCUAGAUGGCAGCGACAUUACAGAAACAGCAAAUAUCCCACCACCAACUGUCCUGUUUGAACUUGGAACGAGCAACCUGUACGGUAAAGAAUACCGUCCAUCUGUUACAACUAUCUCCAACAUCCGUCGUAAUCUUAACGACCUCAGUGAGGGAGAAGUUGAGAGUCUGAGGUCAGCCUUCCUGUCCAUCCAACAAGAUGGAACGUAUGGAGACAUUGCAGCUUUCCAUGGCAAACCUGGACUGUGUGAACAUGAUGGCCAUAAAAUUGCAUGCUGCGUCCAUGGUAUGCCAACCUUCCCAGCCUGGCACAGAUUGUAUGUUGAACAGGUAGAAGAAGCUCUUUUGGGUCGAGGAUCAUCUGUAGCUGUGCCCUACUGGGAUUGGACUGCACCAUUCAAUAAACUGCCCUCUCUUAUUAGUCAAGCAACUUAUUACAACUCACGCCAACAACGAUUCGAUCCCAAUCCAUUCUUUAGUGGAAAAGUAAAGGGAGAAGACGCAGUGACAACAAGAGAUCCUCAACCAGAGCUGUUUGACAACAGUGAACUUUAUGAAGAAGUUCUAUUUGCUUUAGAGCAAGAUAAUUUCUGUGACUUUGAAAUCCAAUUUGAACUUGUCCACAACGCUCUCCACUCUCUACUCGGUGGCCGUGCACAGUACUCUUUUUCUUCACUGGACUACUCAGCUUUUGACCCGGUCUUCUUCCUGCACCACGCCAACACUGACAGAAUCUGGGCCAUCUGGCAAGAGCUCCAACGCUACAGAGGUUUGUUGUACAACGAGGCUGACUGUGCCAUCAACCUCAUGAGGAAACCACUGCAACCGUUCAGCGAUAACUUGUUGAACCACGGUGAUUUUACAUACAAAUACAGUCGCCCCGCCGAUACAUUUGACUACCGCAACCACUUCCACUACGAGUACGACAACUUGGAGUUCAACCACAUGACCAUUCCACAACUGGAGGCUUUGUUGAAGAAACGUAAACAAAAUGGCCGUGUAUUUGCUGGCUUCUUGCUUCAUAACAUCGGUCUGUCUGCUGAAGUUGAUAUCUAUGUUUGUGUUCCUGCUGGACCCAGAGGAAAGAAGAGCUGCGACCACAAGGCCGGAUCAUUCUACAUCCUUGGGGGUGAAUUAGAGAUGCCUUUUGUAUUUGAUCGCUUAUACAAACACGAUAUAACCAGUACCAUCAAAGCAUUGGGCCUGAAGUUGGACAGUGCUGCAAACUUUGAACUCAAGAUUGACAUUAAGGCAGUUAAUGGCAGUCUGUUAAGUGCCGACAUUCUACCUACACCCACCAUUCAAUUUGUUCCUGGAACAAGCGAAGUUCAGAAACCAUCUGGUGAGGUCUCCAGCUAUUUAGUAAGAAAGGAAAUCAACUCCCUCAGCCCUCGUGAAACAUUUUCUCUGUACAAGGCUAUGGAGUCUCUUCAGGCUGAUAGCUCUGCUGACGGCUGGCAAUCAAUUGCAGCAUUCCACGCUAUCCCACCUCUUUGUCCACAUCCAAGUGCAAGCAAGAGAUACGCUUGCUGUCUUCAUGGUAUGGCCACAUUCCCACAAUGGCAUCGUCUCUACACUUUCCAAGUUGAGGACGCUCUACGUCGUCAUGGUUCUCUUGUUGGUAUUCCAUACUGGGACUGGUCUCGUCUAUCCUCAUCCCUGCCACAUCUUAUUGAUGACGAAAGCUACAUAGAUCCCAAUUCCGGUGAAACUGUCGCCAACCCAUGGAAGAAAGCCAAGAUUGCUUUUGAGAACUCUGAAACUGAAAGAGAUGUUGUUAGUGACAAACUCUUCAAACGUGGACCUCACGGAUGGGACACAUGGCUCUUUAACCAAGCCCUCUUUGCCCUUGAACAAGAAGAUUACUGCAACUUUGAGAUUCAGUUUGAGAUUACCCACAACGCCAUCCACUCUUGGCUCGGAGGAUCCAAAGAACAUUCUCUUGGCCAUCUUCACUAUGCUUCAUACGACCCUGCUUUCUUUGUACAUCACUCAAACACUGACAGACUAUGGGCUGUUUGGCAAGCUCUACAAAAAUACAGAGGUCACGAUCCUAAUGAAGCCAACUGUGCCCUUGAGCAGAUGAAAGAGCCACUGAAACCUUUCAGCUUUGGAGCACCCUACAACCUAAAUCCAAAGACAGAGGAGUAUUCUCGCCCAGAGGAUACUUUUAACUAUGUUGAUCAUUUCCAGUAUAAGUACGACAGUCUGGAAUUUGUCGGCCUCAGUAUUCCACAGCUAGAUGCUUUUAUUAAAGAAAAACAAGAGCACGAUCGAGUUUUUGCAGGCUUCCUUCUGAAGGGCUUUGGUGAGUCAGGAACUCUAAACUUCAACAUCUGUCCAAAAGCUAAGGCAUGCUUUGAGGGCGGUUAUUUCACAAUCCUAGGUGGCUCGGCAGAGAUGCCAUGGCAGUUUGAUAGACUGUUUAAAUAUGAAAUCACUGAACAGCUCGAGGAGCAUGGAUUACGUUUUGAUGACGAAUACACAUUUGAAAUACACAUCAAAGCUCCCAAUGGUUCUGAGUUAGCCAGCAGUUUAAUCAGUGCACCAAGUGUCAUCCUGGACCCUGCUCACAAGGUUACCGACUUGGAAAAAGUGACACACAACUACAUCCGCCGUGACCUGAACAGUUUAACCGAGCGUGAUGUCCAAAGUUUGAAGGCUGCCCUUCGUGACUUACAGCUGGACACAACCAACGAUGGCUGGGCCAGUCUUGCCUCAAUGCACGGUGCCCCAGCUCGCUGUAAAGAUGAUGCCGGCAAAGACGUUGCUUGCUGUAUUCACGGCAUGCCAACCUUCCCCCACUGGCACAGACUUUUCACAUUGCAGGUUGAGCAAGCUCUACAGAGACACGGAAGUGCCAUUGCUAUUCCAUAUUGGGACUGGACUAAACCAAUCAAGGCUUUACCAGAAAUUUUCACUGAUGAAGAUUACUACGAUAUUUGGAGAGACGAGGUCGUCCCUAACCCAUUUGCUCGCGGCUAUGUACCAUCUGAGGAAGUUUACACCGUUCGUGACGUCAGACAAGAACUGUUCAAGACAUCCAAGGAUGGAUCUCAUUCUGAUCUCUUUGAUCUUGUUCUCUCAGCACUAGAGCAGACCAACUUCUGUGACUUUGAGGUCCAAUAUGAAGUAAUGCACAACGCCAUCCACUACCUAGUCGGAGGUCAUCAGAAAUAUUCCCUGUCAUCACUUGAGUAUUCAGCCUACGAUCCUAUCUUCUUCAUCCAUCACGCCUUUGUUGAUAAAAUCUGGGUCGUAUGGCAAGAACUACAGCAGAGAAGACAUCUGCCCAGCAACCGUGCUGAUUGUGCACUGAACUACAUGAAUGAGCCAAUGAAACCAUUUAACAUAGACGGUUUUAAUAUAAACUCAUUCACAAAGAAACACGCUGUUCCCAAUACCGUGUUUAAUUACGAACAUCUUGGCUAUCAAUACGACAAUCUUGAAAUUAGUGGCUACAACAUUGAACAAAUUGAGGCCCUUAUUGCUCAACGUCAGAGCCGUCCAAGAGUAUUUGCAGGUUUCCUUCUGAAGGGAGUGAAGACUUCAGGAUCAGUGGUCCUACAGAUCUGUACGGCAGCACAACAGUGCUCAUAUGCUGGACGCUUUAACCUCCUAGGUGGACCAACUGAGAUGGAGUGGGCAUUCGACCGUCUGUACAAGAAAGAUAUUACAUGGGCUCUUGAAGAGGCUGGAAUAGCACCAGAAUCUGUUUUGGAUGCCACAAAUGCUUUCACGCUGAAAGUUAAAGUUUAUGAUGUCGAAGGAGUUGCAUUGAAUGUAAAGAGCGUAUUCCCAACGCCUAGCCUUAUCUUUGAUCCUGCUCAUGCGGCAGCAGCAAAGGAAGAGUCAGCAUCAGUUGCUGGAGUUGGUGUACGUAAAGACGUCUCCACACUUUCAGUCACAGAAAUUGAAAACCUUCGCAAUGCUCUUAGAAAGGUUCAGGAAGACGAUGGGCCGAAUGGAUUCCAAAAUAUUGCCAGCUUCCACGGAAGCCCAGCCAAGUGCGAACAUAAUGGACAUUCUAUUGCUUGCUGUCUCCAUGGAAUGGCCAACUUCCCUCAAUGGCACAGACUCUACGUUAAACAAUGGGAAGAUGCUCUAACUGCUCAGGGAGCAAAGAUUGGUAUUCCAUACUGGGACUGGACCACUGCCUUUACUGCUCUUCCAACCCUUGUGACAGAAGAAGAAAAUAAUCCUUUCCAUCAUGGUAAAAUCUACAAUGGAGAAAUUACAACAAGAGCACCCAGAGAACAACUUUUCAAUGACCCUGAAUUUGGAUCUGAAUCUUUCUUCUAUAGACAAACACUUCUAGCCUUUGAGCAAACUGAUUAUUGCGAUUUUGAGGUCCAAUUUGAGAUCAACCAUAACGCCAUUCACUCCUGGACUGGAGGUGUCUCCCCUUACGGCAUGUCUACACUUGAGUACACUGCCUAUGAUCCUCUCUUCCUGCUCCAUCACUCAAACGUUGACAGGCAAUUCGCUAUCUGGCAAGCUCUCCAGAAGUUCAGAGGACUUCCUUACAACAGCGCCAACUGUGCCAUCCAACACUUGCGUCAGCCAAUGAAACCAUUCAGUGAGGAAUCAAAUAUUAACCCAACUACUCGUGCCAACUCUCGCGGUAUUGAUGCGUUUGAUUACGAUAGACUGAACUACCAAUACGACAACCUGAACUUCCAUGGACUGACCAUCUCCGAGCUUAACGACGUUCUCGAGAGACGCAAGGAAGAAGAUCGCAUCUUUGCUGAGUUCCUUCUACGUGGAUUUGCCUUGAGUGCUGAUGUCACAUUCAGACUGGUUGACGAUAAGGGUCACAGUGAAUUCGCUGGUACUUUUGCUGUUCUGGGUGGGCCACUUGAAAUGCCAUGGGCUUUUGACAGACUUUUUAAAUAUGACGUCACCAAUGUGUUCAACAAUCUGAACCUCAGACCAGAUUCAAACUACCACUUUGAGGUUGAGAUUAAAGCAAUUAACGGCACCAUCUUAGACUCCAAUCUAAUUAGGUCCCCAAGUGUACAGUUUGUUCCCGGCACAAAGAAAUUCUACGAAAAGAUUGCCGAGAAAACCGCCAAGCGCGACGACAAGCUGGUCAGAAAGAACAUUAACCAACUAACACUUGAUGAAGCCGCUAACCUGAGAAACGCCUUGAACAAAUUCCAACAAGACCAGAGCGAUGAAGGCUACGAAGCCACUGCCGGAUUCCAUGGUGCUCCAUUCAAAUGUCCAGCCGAUGGUGACGACAAAUUCGCUUGCUGUGUGCACGGUAUGCCUGUCUUCCCCCACUGGCACAGGUUGUUCACUGUUCAAGUGGAACAGAGUCUGAAGAAAAAUGGCGCCCUUGUUGGUGUUCCAUACUGGGACUGGACUGCUCCAGUACAAUCUCUUCCAUCUCUCUUUGGAGACAGCUCUGACUUUAACCCAUUCUAUUCCUUCCAAAUCGCCUCUGCUAAUCACAAGACUACCCGUGACGUCCAGCAAGACCUCUACUCUAACCGUAAAGUCAAUGGCUACCAUUACCUAUUCUACCUGGCACUAAACACCCUCGAGGAAGACAACUACUGCGACUUUGAAGUCCAAUUUGAAGUUCUUCACAACGAGAUCCACGCUACCAUUGGUGGUAGUGGUCAGUACUCAAUGGCCACAUUGGACUACUCAGCCUUUGAUCCAUUCUUCAUGAUCCACCACUCUAGCAUUGACAGAAUCUGGGUUAUCUGGCAGGAACUCCAAAAACUCCGUCGCAAGCCAUUCAACUCUGCCCGCUGUGCUGGACACAUCAUGGAGAGACCUCUACAGCCUUUCAGCUACCCAGAGGUCAACCACAACGAGUUUACUCGCCUCAACUCUGUACCUAAUCUUGUUUUUGAUUCAGAGAGAUUCGGGUACCAGUACGACAACCUUGAACUUAACGGCAAGAACGUUCAAGAGAUCCAUGAGAUCAUCAACAAGCUAAACCAGCAGGAUCGUGUGUUUAUUGGUUUCGUUAUUGGUGGCUUACAACAGAGUCUAACUCUUGACAUUUCCCUGCUCCUCAAUGAUAGCCACGUAGCUGCAGCUGGUGCAGUUCAUGUGCUGGGUGGGGAGAAGGAAAUGCCUUGGGCAUAUGAAAGAUUGAUGAAGAUAGACAUUACUGAAACUGUUAAAGCUUCAAGUAUUGAUGUUAGCCAUGCCGUUAAAGCAAGAUUUACAUUUACUGACUACACGGGCAGUAAAAUAAAAGAAGCUGAAGAUUAUGCCAUUUUCGUUGAAAGACAUGCCAACACAGAUUAUGAUGUUGUGAACAUUCCAAUAGGCAGAGAACAACCACUGCCACCCAAGAUUUCUUUAAAGAAAGGCACCCGUGUGAGGUUUAUCCCAGUCUCUGAUAGCUUUACCAAACCCAUGGAAGACCUCGGCAGCUACACCAGCUACAACAGGUGCGCUGUGCCACCAUUCUCCUACCAAAGCUACGCUCUCAACACAGUCCACAGCCUGGAACCAGGUGAACACUUCUUCGUCGCAGCUGACAAGGCUUUGUGUGCGGAGGGCAAGAGAGUUAUCAUUGCAGUUGAAGAUGAAUAAGUUCAGUCAACAAGAAGAAUUAUCAUUGCAGUUGAAGAUGAAUAAGUUCAGUCAACAAGAAGAAUGAAUGGCACUUGAAAAUUGUAUUCAUGGACGUAUGUUUUAUGUAAAAUAAAAUGUUAUUUGUUAGUGACAAAUUUGAUACAUUUUUACAUUUGGCUCAGUACAUCAUAUGAUCUUAAGGUGAGAUUAGAUGAGAAUCUCGAAUUUAUCUUUUUAACGUACAAUUUCUGUUAAGUGCCCGCAAUAAAUCAAUGCAAUAUUUC